UCCUGCCACUCGCACAAAAGACACCUGUGGCCCUUCCAUCACAGCUGUCGUUUCUACUGAAAGAAACAGCAAGUGCCAAAACAGAGUCAUUUGAAGAUUCCAGCACAAGGACAGUUUCAACAGCUGCACAGAGAACGCUUUCCUUUGCAGGCAGUGCUGAAGAUGCUCAGCCACCCAUCACUGRUCCUCUGCCUGAACUUGACACUGACAUGAACAGCUGGAACUGCUCUCAGCACCAGAAACUGUGGAUGAGGACAGAGAUGCAAGAUCUUGGACUUUGGCCUGGGUCUCGUCCUGUGCGGAAUCUUGGAAAUGCAAUUUCCCUCUGGCGUCAUCCUCCACAGCCUGAGCUAGUACAGACAGUAGCUGAACUUCCAUCACCCAACUUCUUUCAGCUUCACCCAUUCUUCAUUUGGAAACCUGAAAAUGAAAUUAUGUCCAGGCUGAAAAACAACUACAAUCUACCAUGUCUUCAUGGCUGUUCUAAACCACAAGUUGUUUCUGCUGGUGUGGGCCGUCCUCGGGUGAUAGUUGGGACUAGUGGUCAAUAUUACAUCCUGUCCUCCAGGCUUUGCUGCAAGUCUUGUCGAAGGAACUGGUUUGCUGAUAGUCCUCGCUGGCUGGAGAAGCUGCCCAGAAGAUUCACCAACCUCCUGCCUGCAUUUCUUACUUACAAGAAGGCCAUCUGUAAGUCAGUCAUGGAUGAGCUGAGACGCACUGGGAAGUCACCCACAGAUAUGGCUAACCAAGUGAAUGAGCUCAUGCAUCUUAAAUAUGAACGAGCUCAUUUAGCAUACCUACAGUCCAUUGAGAGCAUGGAUUGCUGUGCUUCCUUUAAGAUCRCAGACUCCAUCCCUGGUGAGCAUCUAAACUGGGAUGCCUGGAAAACAACCCCUUCCACCAUAGCUGCGGCCACUUCAGGACCUCUGACUAACACCUGUCCCUCAAGGUCAAGCUACAAUCCAGACAUUGUUGUGAAGCUGGACUUGUUCCACUGUAUGCAGCGCUUUUCCAGGGAAUGCACAUCUGAACAUCACCCUCUUUUCAGCACCUUCUGCCAGCUCCUUUCGGCUGCUUUCUCUGUAGUGGAUCAGGAAGAUCUGAAGAAGCUCAAGGAGGCUUAUGAGUUCUGUGGUAUCGUGCCAGCCAAUCCAACAAAACAACAUAACCAGGAGCAUUGCAGGACCAGGAUACCACACCCCACGGAGCUACUGCACAGAGUGGAGUUAGUGCUGAAACAUUUUUACCUGGCCAAGGAUCCCAACGACAUCCCUCUGUUUAAGCCAUCCAUGCUGAAGACGUGGYGCAUCCAAACAGUACAUAUUUUCCAUGGAUGCUUGAGUGAACACGAGCUUUCUGAGGGCAUCAUGUAG